CCCAUCCCAAGAUGGCGGGUGAGUGGGUCCAGGCUCCGGGGUCUCCGAGCUGCUCCCCUCCCCCUCCCCGGGAGCCUCCCCGUCCCAUCCCCGCGAGCCCGGGACUCGCCGCCCGCGCCGCCCCGCGUAGCUCCUUGUGUGCCUUUUGAUUUUUCAGAGAUCCCCCUGUACUUUGUGGACUUGCAGGAUGACUUAGACGACUUGCUUCCCUAAGUGAGGAGGACAACUGGUGUGAGCAGAGAUGGCUAUGAGCACAGCUGUGUGUAAGCCUGCUGCUGGCAGGGACAAGCCAGAUGGAUUUGAAGAUUGUGUUCCAGAUUGUGACAACGGAAGGGGCAUGGCUUUUUUGGACAUCCCUGGCCACGAUAACCUGCCCCUGCUCACUCGCUUGGAAAAGCAUGCGUUCAGUGAGAACGUCUUCAGCCGUCAGAUUGUCGCCAGAGGACUGCUGGAUGUCUUCCGGGAUGUCAGCCACAGUGACAAGGACAUACUGGCAGUCAUGGAGGUGGCAGUCCAACUGUCAGAAGAUGCAGAGCCCACAGUGCGAACUGAGCUGAUGGAGCAGAUCCCGCCCGUCGUCGCUUUCUUACAAGAAAGCAGGUCGGAUUUUCCUGUGGUGGUCUCCCAGUACCUCGUGCCUGUUAUAGUGCGGUACCUCAUGGAUCCAGACAAGCAGGUCAGAAAAUCCAGCCAGGAGGUGCUGCUGGCUCUUGUGGAGCAAGGUCUAAUUUCCCAGUGUGACAUCGAAGGCCAAGUGUGUCCCAUUCUGCUGGAGCGCUCUUCCCCUGUCUGUGACGAUGAGUGCAGAGCAGAGGCCAUGAGUAUAAUCUGCAGAAUGGCGUCCAUGCUGAAGAAGAACACAGUUAAGCGCCUGCUGCUGCCUCGGUUCUGUGAACUGUGCAGCGAUGGAAAACUCUUCCAAGUUCGAAAGGUAUGCGCCACGCAUUUUGGUGAUAUUUGUCAUGCUGUCGGACAAGAAGCCACUGAGCAAUUUUUGAUACCAACGUUUUUUGAGCUCUGCUCCGAUAGCAUGUGGGGGAUGCGGAAAGCAUGCGCAGAGUGCUUUGUGGCUGUGUCCUGCAACACCUCCCCUGAGGUCCGCAGGGCCCAGCUCUCGCCCCUCUUCAUCAGACUCAUCAGUGAUCCCUGUCGAUGGGUGCGCCAAGCUGCCUUUCAGUCACUCGGCCCCUUUAUCUCCACGUUUGCAAACCCACCCCGAGCUGGCCUGUCCAUUCGGGAGGAUGGCACCCUGAGCAUCAGGCCACCAAGCCAAGAGGUGGACUCUGGGUUUGCCUCUAGACCACCCAGGUUCACCAGUUGCAGUGCCGACUCCUCAAACGGUCCUAAAGCAGCAGUGCACGUGGAGCCAGACCUGCUUCCAGAAGAGGCCUCUGUCAGGACCAGCCACCGGCACGACAGUAGCUCCUCUGCAGACACGGCAGAGAGCCAGCCAGGGAGCUCGUCUCCAGCCUUAGCUUUCCCAGCGCUCCCAGGGGGCAGUGGCUGCCUCAGCAACAGUGACCAUGAAGCAGGUCCAGGAACUUCCGAGGACAUGUUCAGCACUUUCCUGUAUUGGCGAACUCCUCUGCCUGACAUAAGCAAAGAAGUGGAGGUGCUUCUGAGUGGGGCUGGACCCCUGGAAGAGAGCCACAGUGGACCUGAACCCCUGGAAGAGAGCCACAGUGGACCUGAGGCUGCGUGUGACAGCUGUGUGGCCAGAAGCGAAAUCCAGAAAGUCCUGAAGAGUCUGCAGGGGCAUUUGCUGCAGGACCCAGACAUUCAAGCUCAAGUUCAGGUAUUAUCUGCCGCACUGAGAGCAACGCAGCUCGACUCCACUCGUGAACCCGAGAGCAGGCAGACAGAAGGUCUAAACGAAGAGCCUGUUUCAGAUCCCAGCCCUGUCUCCGACAAUCAUAUCCUCCUGUCGGCUUCAUCAUCUCAGAAUGAGCUCUCCGUGGCCAGGAUAUUACAGAGCACAGAUCAAACUGAGCCUCAGAAUAGAAGCAGUGAGCACCUGGAGACGGAGCAGAGGCAGGAACCUAUGGCACUUGAGGAGAAUAGAUCUAAAGUACAGGAUAUAAUCCCUCAGCCUCUGCUUGACCAGUUCGUGUCCAUGACUGACCCAGCUAGAGCCCAGACCGUGGACACUGACAUCGCCAAGCACUGUGCCUACAGCCUCCCUGGGGUGGCCCUGACCCUUGGCCGGCAGAACUGGCACUGCCUGAAGGACACAUAUGAAACUCUGGCUUCUGAUGGUCAGUGGAAGGUCCGGCGGACCCUCGCCUUUUCCAUUCAUGAGCUGGCAGUGAUUCUCGGGGAUCAGUUGACAGCAGCCGACCUGGUGCCCAUCUUCAGUGGGUUUUUAAAGGAUCUGGAUGAAGUGCGUGUGGGAGUCCUUAAACACCUGUAUGACUUCCUAAAGGCUGUGGUCAAUGAAGAGUCUGUUCCUGUGCACCAGUUUGUGGAGCACUUGCUUCCCAGUCUCCUGAGCCUGGCAUCGGAUCCUGUGCCAAAUGUGAGGGUUCUGCUGGCCAAGGCCCUGCGGCAGACACUGCUGGAGAAGGCAUAUUUUAGAAAUGCCGAGAACCAUCAUCUUGAAGUUGUUGAAGAGACUCUCUUGGCUCUGCAGUCUGACCCGGACCAAGAUGUUUCAUUUUUUGCUUCCCUAGAAUCAAAGAUGCAGACUGCUAUAGACACCACUAUACUGGAAAAGUAAAACCACACACAACCUUGUCACGGGUACACAGGGACAGCUUCAGUGUACACGUGCCUUGUCACAUGCCUUGUCACGGGUGCAGAGGGACAGCUUCAGUGUACACGUGCCUUGUCACUUGAAGGGGACCCGACUGGAUCGGAGCUUCUGAAGGAGGCCUGUUUCAGGUGACAGGGCAGCCCUAUGCUUCCCACCCAUGCAGACUUGAUCCUUUGCAGUUUAGAAAGGUUGUGGAUCUAGGCACCAAUGACUCUCUGGCUUCCACAUGAUCAGCUGUGACCAGCCGUUUGUGUUUUAGGAGAGACUGUGUUACUUAAUCCCUCCACCCCCCGCCCCUGCCAGAGUGUGGUAUAAUUUGUAGAUAUCUGUAACUCCAGCACCUAAGAGGCUGGGACAGGGAGAUCAAGAGUUCAAGGUCAGUCUAAAGAAUUCCAGGCCUGCCUAUCCAAGGAAAUCCUAUCCAAGGAAACCAAACAUAAAUACAGCUUCCCUUGCCAAUAAAGUAAUUUAAUAGAA